CUGAGGUGAUGGUGUUUAUUGGGCUAAGCCAUUGGACACCUUGUUGGGCCAAUGAUGAUCAAGACCCAGCUCCUCUCAACCACUUUAUCUUGGUCCGUUAACCAGAAGUUUAGUCUCAUCAAAUGUAGGAAUAUCCAACUGGCCUUCCAAAGUCAUUCCAGAACAUGAAAACAAUACAGGAAACGUUCCCCUUCUUGAUGGCCACCAAAUUGUGGAAGCCCAACUCAACGGAGCGAUGAUGAGUCCAUUGGUUGGAUAGAGAGAAACCAAGAUUCGGUCAGAACGAUAGCUAAGGUGGAGUUGACUCCACCUGAGAGAAGCUGAGGAGAAGCUGAGAAGGACAGUUUCUGUCUUAUGGUCUUACCCGUAUUUGUCCUCUAAGAUCUCAAGAUCUUGCAGCUAGUCCACAAAUGAGAUUACUUUCUCGGGAGGUUUAUGGAACAGAAGGCCGGAUUCUUAUACAUCCCUAAUCCCCAAGUUUGCAUCUCGGAUGAUCAGGAUUAGCAGCUGAUCCCAUCUUGAGCCAUUAAGUGGACUUUGUCCUCCAUGGGUGUCGUCCUAUAAUAGGAGAGGAGAAGUCUUCUGGAAGGGUCCACACUGGUGUCCUGUGCUUGGGAGGAUGUCCGAAGAAGACGAAUUAUACCUCUAUGAAAACAUCUCCUCCGUGAAGCCUUGGGAUGGUCCCCAAUAUCAUAUCGCGCCCAUGUGGGCCUUCCACUUCCAAACCAUCUUCAUGGGCCUGGUCUUCUUUGCCGGGACGCCCCUCAACGCCAUCAUCCUCUUCGUCACCAUCAAGUACAAGAAGUUGAGGCAGCCGCUCAACUACAUCUUGGUCAACAUCUCCUUGGCCGGACUUAUCUUCUGUGUCUUUGCGGUUUUUGUGGUCUUCCUGUCCAGCAUCCAAGGUUACUUCUUCUUGGGUCGUCAGGUCUGCAAGUUGGAGGCCUUCCUAGGCACGGUAGCAGGUCUGGUCACCGGCUGGUCCUUGGCCUUCCUCGCCUUCGAACGCUACAUCGUGAUCUGCAAGCCGCUGGGGAAUUUCCGUUUCAACUCCAAACAUGCUGUGGUAGUGGUGGCAGCCACGUGGAUCAUUGGAAUCGGGGUCUCCGUCCCCCCCUUCUUCGGCUGGAGCAGGUUCCUCCCAGAAGGGCUGCAGUGUUCUUGCGGUCCCGACUGGUACACGGUGGGUACCAAAUACAAGAGCGAGUAUUACUCGUGGUUCCUCUUCGUCUUCUGCUUCCUCAUACCGCUCACCAUCAUCAUCUACUCCUACGCGCGGCUCCUGGGUGCCCUCCGGGCGGUAGCCGCUCAGCAGCAAGAGUCGGCCACCACCCAGAAGGCCGAGCGAGAAGUCUCCCGCAUGGUGGUGGUGAUGGUGGGAUCCUUCUGCACCUGCUACGUUCCGUACGCCGCCCUGGCCAUGUACAUGGUGAACAACCCUCAGCACGGCCUCGACCUGCGCUUGGUCACCAUCCCUGCCUUCUUCUCCAAGAGCUCCUGCGUCUACAACCCCAUCAUCUACUGCUUCAUGAACAAGCAGUUCCGUGCCUGCAUCAUGGAAACGGUGUGCGGCAAACCUAUGACGGACGACUCUGACGUGGUCUCUCAGAAGACGGAGGUUUCCUCCGUGUCCUCCAGUCAAGUCAGCCCCAAGAGCUGAGAAGCCCACCAAGGCCAGGCCCAGAAGCCACUCUGCACGUUGGAACGCAACCAAGACGAUGACUAUGCCAAGAAAAGAGACCCUCUCCCCACCCCACUGUCCCACAAAACACACUUCUUUUAAAACACACACUCACACACACACACACAAAACAUUUUCUUCCAACAGCCCCACUCCAGGGCUCCGUUUAGAGUGGACGAAGAGAGUUUGGCGCCUUCUCAAGAGGAGCUGCACGUUUCCAGAUGAUUUUUGAACCUAAAAAGCUCCCCCAAACUUUUUCCUUCGUUACCCAAACUCCCUAUCCGAAAGUUGAUUCUACCCGUCAAAUGCCCUUGGAGUUUGGUGGUUUUCUUGCAAAUGUUUCAGGACCCAACUAGGUAACAUCAUCAGGAUGAGAAAGGAGGAGGAGGAGGAGGAGGACUGUGAGGUCCUCUGUGCUCUCUGAAUUUAGUUGUUUUCUUGCAGACGUUUCAUUACCCAAGUAGGUAACAUUAUCAGGGCUAAAUGUUCCUGUUGCCAUCGGGUCAUAGCCUUGUGAGCUGUUACCCAGAGGGAAAAUUCACUUUUAUCUAAUUUGGGGUAAUUUAUGGUAACAUCAUUGGUGCCAGAAGGGAAUGGGGCUUAUGGA